AUGAAAACAGACGCGGGAAACGCUACACAUCUUCAAGAAAUGUGUAUCUUUUUUUUAUUAUAAUGUUUCAUAAGUUAUAUGAUCAGGUUUUGGUGAAUUCAUAACCAAGUAGUAGGUGGCAAUGCAACGCCUCUAAAAACCAACGAAAAGAAGAAAAUACAAAUAAAGUAGAGAUCGAAGAAGAAGGAAAAUAUAACUCCUCUUUAUACUUCCUCGGUAACGUCUCAGUCAUCAUGGCGGACAUAUUAACGAGUGUUUUUAGGACUUUUAUGUCUCAAACUGACGUUAACAAGGAUGUAACGGUGGUUCCUCAUUCAGACAGCUCCGUCAGCAGCUCGGUGCUGUUGCCAGGAGACAGCUCCGUCAGCAGCUCGGUGCUGUUGCUAGGAGACAGCUCCAUCAGCCGCUCGUUGCUGCUGCUGUCUGCGGUGAUGGCGGCCUCUGAGCUGGGGGUGAGGGUCGUGUUCUUCACCCAGACUCAGAUCCAGAGCCUCCCGGUGUCUCUGCAGAAAUGUGUCCCCAGCCCAGAGAGUCUCAAGAAAAUCAAGUUUUCCUAUCCGAGGACGUUGGGGGAUCUGCUGCAGCAGGUGGCCGGCCUCCACGAGUCCCAGAACACGUCUCCCACCCCCCCCUCUCUCAUCAUCGUGGACAGACUGGAGGGCUUCCUGGGGGGAAACCACAGUGAGGAUCAGACCUGCGCUGCUCAUCUGUCAGCGCUGCUCUGCGACACUUCCUCCUUCCUCACACAGAUCCUGAAACAGCGCUCCCCCUCCUCCGCCCCCUGCCGCCUCAUCGCUUCUUUCAGGUCGGACGUGGACUCUGAGCACGCCGGCGGGGAAUCCUCCGCCACGGAUCCCAUCCUGGACGUUCUUGAUCGGUAUUUCCAGAUGCGCUGUACUCUGGAUCGGGACCGGAGCUACGAGGCUGCAGCAGCCGGACUGAAGGAGCUGUGGAAAGUUUACCUUUCUGCCACCGGCAUCACAGAGGACGCCUGUACCAAAGAGAGAGAGGACAGACCGGCUGCAGCCCCUAAAGAGUGGCAGCUGUCAAUCUCCCCUGAUGGUUCAAUGGAGUUUAAAAUGGCAUAAAAAUAUUUGUAUCAAAGACUGUUGCAUUGUGGGAGAUGUUGAAAGUUGGUUCGUUUCACUCAGCGAUGUUUUUUCUGUGAAAGUGUUCAUUAUUUUAGCUCCUCAGGCCUUACAUGUUGCAGUGAACAUGAGAUGUAUAGAACAAAGCCUUAGUUACCAUAACAUCAUUAUUAUAUUUUAUUUCGUGCACUGAAUGACUUACACUUGUUAUGUUUAUAUACAUAUUUGUACUCUAUUUAUGUUUUUUUUUCAUUCUAAAAUGGAGAAACUGUCAUGAAACUUAAUUCCUACCAAAAUAAAUAAAGUAUUCUUGUUAUUCACUUCUUGUUUUCUGUGGGUUUUCUUUCCUUUUUGUGUCAAACGACCGUCUGACUUCUGUUUUCAAAAGAAGGAAGGAGUCAGCAAUGAUUUAAUAUGUUUUUAUAUUCUUUUAUAGAAGCAUUUAUUCCACUUACAAUACAUUUUUCCAAAGCCAAAAAAGCAAACAAGCCUGAUAUGUUUUGCAUAGAAACAGAAACUGUACAUGCUCUGCUCUUUAGAUGGCAGCAUUGACCUAAACACAACUUCAACUCAACAAGAAAGACACAUCUACAGUCACAUGAGAACAAAUAUUAAGUACAGUAGUGACUUCAUUUUAUCCAGAAAAAUAAACAUUUUAAUAUUAUUUACACAUACAGUUUCUUUCCAUUUGGAAAUGCCAUUGAAAUGAUAGAUGUGGGCAAACGAUAGAACAGCUAGAAAAGUCUGUUAAGGUCAGAACAUUGCGUUACUUUACUUUAAUGCAGCCUUAAAACCUGGAAAAAAGCCACCUCUGCCAUACUUUGAUAACCAAAAUACUAAGACGAUAUCUAACGAUGUUUAAUUUUCAUUUUGGGUCUAUUUAACAACAUACUGCUACCAAUAUAUUCUAUAUUUUGUCAACAUAUCAGAACCAACAUUACUCUUAGUUUUCAUGAUGCAGAAUUUCCUGUCUGUUAAACUCAAGCCCAUAGAGUGCCACAGUGACGCGUCUUAAAACCCGGAAGUAAGUUAGCAUUUUACCACUUCCGGUUCCUUCUACAAAAAAGCCA